CCCUAUAAAAACGAAACCUUGGCGUAGCGGGGUCCGGCGGGCGGGCGGCCGGGCCAUGGAGGCGGCGGGGACGCUGGCGGCGGGCGCGGCGCUCCUGCUGGGGCUCUACGCGCUGCUCUACUACACGUUGGUGGCGGCCACCCGGUGCCGGAACGCGGUCAGCCUGCGGGGCAAGACGGUUCUCAUCACAGGUGCAAAUACAGGGAUUGGGAAGGCCACAGCGGUGGAUCUGGCCCGGAGAGGCGCCCGUGUCAUUCUGGCAUGCCGCGACAAAGCAAGAGGAGAAUCGGCUGUGCGUGACAUCAGACGGGAAAGUGGGAACUCGGAGGUGAUCCUGAUGAUCCUGGAUCUGGCCAACCUUAAUUCCGUGCGAACGUUUGCACAGACCUUCCUAAAAUCGGAGCCCCGUCUGGACAUCCUCAUCAACAAUGCCGGGGUCUUUAAGGAUGGUCAAACCACUGAUGGCUUUGACCUAGGUUUCCAGGUCAACCACCUGGCUCACUUCCUGCUUACCCACCUGCUCCUGGACAGGCUAAAGCGCUGCGCUCCGAGCCGGGUUGUAUUCAUGUCCUCGAGUGCGCACUCCUCUGGAAAAAUCGACUUUCAGACCAUCCACAAACCAGUGGAGGGUAUGUGGCAGGCCCUACAAUCGUACAGCAACAGCAAACUAGCCAACAUUCUCCACACGCUAGAGUUGGCCAACCGGCUGGAAGGAACCAAUGUCACCUGCUAUGUGGUUCAUCCAGGAAUUGUUAAAACCGAAAUUGGUCGCUCCUGUCCCCAUUGGCUCCCUUGGUUGCUUUGGUUCAUGAAGCUGUUCUUCCGAGACAGUGACUCUGGGGCCCAGACCACCAUCUACUGCGCCACCGAGGAGGGCAUCGAGAGGCUGAGCGGGCGAUAUUUUGUGGAUUGCCAGCCGAAAGUGCCCAGUCCACAGGCCCGCGAUGACCAGCUGGCCAAGAAGCUCUGGGAAUUCAGCGAGAGGCUGCUGGGACUGACCAGCUAAAUUUGUCCACUUUAAAUUUCUCCCCAUAAUUUUUUCUGAGGUGAAGGUAGGAAAACUCACACAGAAAAGCGCGCACAAAAUCACACCAAAGCACCUGGAUAAUUAGCACAGGGGCCCCUCUUGGGCUGUGUACUUUCUCCAUGGCACUUCUCUGUCUCUGUAGAAAUGACUGCCACUUGAAGGAUCCCUCUGUUAAAGAGCAGGUUGUCCUCGACUUACGACCACAGUUGAGCCCAAAGCCUCUGUUGUUAAGUGAGACAUUUGUUAAGUGAGUUUUGCCCCAUUUUACAAGCUUCGUUGUCUCAGUUGUUAAGUGAAUCGCUGCGGUUGGUAAGUUACUAACAAGCUUAUAAAGCCUUGUCUUUGCUUGCCGGAAGGUCGUCAAAGGGGAUCACAUGACCUUGGGACACAGCAGCGGUCAUAAAUGCGAGUCGGUUGCCAAGUGUCUGAAUUUGGCUCAUGUGAGCGUGGGGAUGCUGCAACGGUUGUAAGUGUGAAAAGGGAUCACAAGUCACUUUUUUCUGGGCCGUCGUAACUCUGAACAGUCACUAAAUGAAGUAAGUUGAGGACUGCCUGCAUUGAAGUUUGCAGAUGAGACAAGAGUCGGGGGUCUCAUUCGAAACGGUGAUGAGUCUGCAUACAGACAGUAGAUUGAACGAUGGGCUCUGGGGUGCAGCUGGAACAAUAUGGACUAGAACCCUCUGAAAACUGAAGAGAUGAUGGUAGAUUUUAGGUGGAGCCUUCCUAUUCUGCCACCUCUGGCAAUGUUAGACAACGCAGGAUCAAUAGUCGAGAUCUUCAGGCUUCACGGUUAUAGGACCAUGGUGGCGAACCUUUGGCACGCAUGCCACCCGAGCCAUCUCUCGGCACACGCGCCAUCGCCCCAGUCCUAGGCCUUCCGUCUCGUUCAUGAGCAACCUGCAUCAAUACCUGCACAGGGUAAGGUUGCCGCACCCGCACCCUCCUCCCCUAGUGUUUUUUUUUUUUUUUUUUGCUAACCUGCCUUCCAGCUGCAUUCCGUUUCUCCGUUCACUUCUCAGCCUUCGCCGCGUGUUUGUGGGACUAUGG